CUUCAUUCUUUUACAGUUUUACCGCUUAUCAAGAGCUAGUUGGUGACAAACUGGCAGUUGCAUCUACCUAUCAACCAAACCAAUUGCAUUGGCAAAAUAUCCAGUCCUCUUCCUGGAAGAGUCUUCCGUUACCGUUUCUUCUUUUCUCGGUAGUUUCGCUUCGUCUUCCGGGAAAAACUGUGAUCCUUCAUUUCACCAGCAGUCAAACAACAACCGUUCCUGCUUUUUCCACCCGUUCAUACUUCAUACACAUACAAUCUGUUUCUGCCUUUUUCACUUUACCUUUUCUUCUUCUCCUUUUCUUGGCAGUUUCGUUUCAUCUUACACGCCCUUGACUUCACAUUGACGUUGAUCGAAGCUACCAGGAAACAGUGAUCAAGCAGUGUUCCUUUUCUGUUCCUCUUCCUCUUCCGCUCCUUCUUCAUUCCAUCAGCGAGCUGAGCGUGAAAUCAAACAAAAAGCUAGAUUCGAUGGCCACCCAAUUGAGAGCUUCUUCCUCAUUAUCUUCUGUUCCUUUUUCCACCCGUUCAUACACACACCAUGUGUUUCUGAGUUUCAGAGGCGAGGAUACACGCUACAAUUUUACAGGUCAUUUGCACAGAAAUUUGGUUCAAAGGGGGAUCAAUACUUUCAUAGAUGAUGAUGAUCUUCCAAGAGGAGAGGAAAUAUCAGAAGCACUUGUCCGAGCAAUUGAAGGAUCAAAGCUCUCUCUCAUUGUGUUCUCUGAAAACUAUGCAUCCUCAAAGUGGUGUUUGGAAGAACUAGUUCAUAUCCUUGAAUGUAGAAGAUCAAAGAACCAAAUGGUUCGGCCAAUCUUUUACAAAGUGGAUCCAUCGGACGUAAGACACCAAAGAGGCACAUUUAGUGAGGCACUUGCAGAGCAUGAGCGCCGAUUUGAAGAUGGAAAGAACAAGGUGUCAAGAUGGAGAGCAGCUCUUUUAGAAGCGGCUAAUUUGUCUGGGUGGCAUUUCUCGAGCGGGCAUGAAUCUAAAUUUAUUGAUAUAAUUGUUGAAGAGGUCUCUACACAACUAAAAGAUCGUAUCAAUUUGGAUGUGGCACAGUGUCCGGUUGGGAUAGACUCUCGCCUACAAGACAUGCUUGAAAUUGUAGAUGUUAGGGGAGGUGAUCAUAUACGCAUGGUAGGGAUAUGGGGAAGUGGUGGAAUAGGGAAGACAACAAUUGCUAAAGCUGUUUACAAUACAGUUGCCCAUGAGUUUGAUGGUAGCUGCUUUUUGGCAAAUGUUAGAGAAGGUUCAAAGCAACAUGGAGGUUUAGUCAACCUACAAAACAUCAUUCUUUCAAAGAUUCUAGGGGGCAAAGAACUGAAAGUAAUCAAUGUUGAUGAAGGAAAUACUUUGUUGCGGGAGAGGUUAAGAUAUAAAAGGAUUCUUUUAGUUCUUGAUGAUGUGGAUCAAUUGGACCAGUUAGAGAAAUUAGCCGGAGCACCUGAUUGGUUUGGUCGUGGCAGUAGAGUUAUAAUAACAACAAGAGAUAAGCAAUUAUUGAUUGCUCAUCAAGUGAAUAAAAAUAAAAUAUACGAGGCCCGGAGACUAAAUCAUGAUGAAGCUUGUGAGCUCUUCUGUGCAAAUGCCUUGAUGACUGAUAGAAAUAUGGAUUAUGAUGAAAAACACGCAGUUAACACUAUUAUUAACUAUGCUGAAGGCCUUCCAUUAGCGCUGAAAGUUUUAGGUUCUCAUCUAUGCAGUAGAUCUAUAGAUCAGUGGCAAGCUUUAUUAGAUGGUCAUAGAAGAAGUCCUCUUCAAGGCAUUCAUAAGAUUCUCAAAAUCAGUUACGAUGCACUGGAACAACAAGAGAGAGAAAUUUUCCUUGACAUUGCGUGCUUCUUCAAAAAUAAAAAUAAGAACGAUGUGAUAGCAAUAUUAGAAGGUUGUGGUUACAGCAACCCUAUGUCCAGUAUUGAAGUUCUUGGAGAAAAGGCCCUCCUAAAUGUUGAACAUGCUCAUAUUUUCAUGCAUGAUUUGCUAGAAGAAAUGGGAAAAAAAAUUGUUCACAACGAGUCGCCUAAAGAGCCUGGUCGGCGUAGCAGAUUGUGGUAUCACAGCGAUGUUCGCCAAGUUCUAACAGAGAACACAGGAACAAGUAAAAUUGAAGGUAUAAUGAUAAAGAUGCCUACAGUAGAUGAGAUAUGCUUGAAUCCUAAAUGCUUCAAAAAGAUGAGAAAUCUUAAAAUUUUCAUAAACAUCAAUGGACGGUUUUGUGGAAAGGUUGAUUAUUAUCCGAAUCAGUUGCGGUUACUUGAAUGGAGUGAUUGUCCGCUAAAAUUCUUUCCCCGCAAUUUUAACAUGAGGAAUCUAAUUCAACUUAAUAUGCCUCGUAGCUGCAUCUCACGUUUCGAGAGUAUGGAAAAUCUGAAAUCCCUAAAUUUGAGUGGAUGUAAAUUCCUAGCACAAAGCCCAGACCUGUCUGGAAGCCCAAACUUAGAGUUCCUGGAUCUAAGCAAUUGUAAAAGUUUAAAGAAGGUUCACCCUUCGGUUGGAUCCCUCAAAAAGCUUGUUGACCUGAAUCUUGAAAGCUGCUCUAACCUUGUGAGGCUACCAGGAGAAGUCAACUGGAGAUCCCUCCGAUCCAUUAAUCUCAACGACUGCACAAGGCUGGAGAGUUUCCCUGAAAUUGAGGGAGAGAUGAAAUGCAUGACAUCCUUGUAUCUAUACAACACUGGCAUCAAAGCAUUGCCUUCAUCCAUUGGAUAUCUAAUUAACCUUCAAUCGUUGGUGUUAGAUCAUUGUGGAAACCUCACAGAUCUACCUUGCAGCAUUUAUGAAUUGCAGAAGUUAAAGACGGUUCUCUUGUCCGAGUGCCCAAAACUCGUAAGAUUCCCAAAUAAGGUGGAGUCUGAAGUGCUUCCAACUUACUCAAAGGUUUCACAUGACAACCGUGACUCUUCAUCGGAGCCAGAGCCAGAUACUGAAUUCAAUUUGGCGCUUCCUUGUUUAGAUCAAUUCCUUGCGGGUGGAUGCAAUUUAUCUAAUAUUGAUUUCCUCGGGUCCCUUGAUUGUGCAUCCACUUUAGAUUUAUCAGAAAGCACCAUUGUUAUCCUUCCCGAAUGCAUCAUCAACAAAUUUGUCAACUUGAGGCAACUCAAUUUGAUCGGCUGCACGAGGCUCGUAGAAAUUCCGGGGCUUCCACCAAGGAUUCGCCUGUUGAAUGUGAUGGAUUGCGUAUCAUUGGAAAGAAUUUCAAAGUUGUCAAACAUUUUGGAGCGUAAAGAAUCACAAAUGAUUAAGGAGAUGGACUUGACUAAUUGCUGGAGACUCUGUCAAAAUUUGGUUGAGAUGGCAAACAAGGAUGAUGAUGAUGAAGUGCACGCUGAUCUCAUCUCUCGACUCCUAUCUUCUCAGCAAUCCAAAUUCACAAUUACAUUUCCAGUUCCAAGAAGCGAGGUUCCAAAGUGGUUCAGCUGUCAAAUGGAUUUCAUGGGGCAUCGACGGUUUGAAUUUUAUAUCGAAACACUUGCAAAUUUCAAAUGGGACAACGCAGGAUUGGCUCUCUGUGUUGCUGUUGAUCAAAACCUGCAAGAUGCUUGGACUGAUUUCACGGUCUAUAUUCACAUCAAUGAAGUGAGGGUUUCAUUUCCCUUCUCAGACUGUGUUGAUUCAGCAGAGUCGGAUCAUGUGUGGCUGCACUAUGUUCCCUUCCUUGAAAUGUGGCCAGUUGGUUAUAUGCGUCCGUUGCCCCCUUUUACGUGUCGAGUCAUUAUUUAUCAAUGGCAAAAGUCUGAGUCCUCCAUAAAAAGCUGUGGUGUCCACCUUGUAAUGCCACCCAAUGAAGACGUUUCUAUGAAGCUAAUCCGUGCAGAGAACCUCACCAGUGAACUUUCUGAAGAUGAACUUCAAAAGGACUUCUGGGACAAUUAUCGUCCCAAACAGAGGACUGACUGCAAAGAAUUAUAUACCGAUGCACAACUGGAGAAUGAAAAGCUGUAAUUAUUACUGAUGCAGCAUGGCAUUGUCUAUAGACCAGUGUGACCGAUACAGGGAACUAAGGAAUCUAAGGAAGCUGUUGCAUCACUAAUGGUUACUGCAGCUAGGUUUUCUGAUUUACCAGAGUUUUGUGACAUUAGGCCACUAUUUCAAGUGAGAUAAGUGAAUUCUGCAUUAUUAUGUGGAUCAAAAGUUUGUUGAUAACAUAGCUUCAAAGCCUCCCACAUUGGAGAAGAAGGUUCAGUUGACAUAGCAUUGGAAUUUUCAAUAAAGUGGGACUCCAAGGCCUUUGAAAAAGGAUGUCUAAACCUCCUGCAUUUAUACAGGCACAAGCAUCAAUCUGUGUAAGCAAAGCUAUGAAAUGGUGGCAGAAAACUGAACAUGGUGGAGAUCCAUUCUGCUAAGAACUUAUUGAUUCUUUGCAUAAUGCUAGUGAUAGAUUGGUUGCAGUGGAUUUUUACUCACCUGGUUAUGGAGAUGUAGAGCUCUCCAUCCCAAG